AACGGGGAAAAAUCUUCUCGGCACUGGUGUGCGAAAUAUACAAACGUCACAAAAGAAAGGGAGAAACCUAUUAGUGGCAUUGUUGCGGUGACUUCCACGCUUCCUUUUCUCCCAAAUACCAAUGCCUUUCAUUCUUGAGUUCGGCGGCCGCUCCCGCUUUUCGGCCGGUUACAACUUCGGCCACAAGAUGGCACUGACCCGCAAACAAAGGGACACACCGCGGCUCCGACUUCGGAAGAGCCUCCGAACGCCGUCUCGCCUUCCCGGGAGUCGAGGAGUGCGCGGACGAGGGCUUACUUUGCUCUGCUCCGUGCGUCUGUGUCGAGCAACGUGCGGAUAGGUUUAAUUGCUCUUCUUUCCAGAAUUCCUAGGCAACGCGCCCCAGAGGUGGACGUCCAAGCCGGGGUGGCUGCGGGGGGGAGCAUCGGGCGCUACUCGCGGGGCGCCGUCACGUGAUCCGGGGAUGAGGUGGAGUUCGGCUUUAAGGGGGCGUCUCUUCCUAUCUUCAUCAAUCUUUAGGAUUUGAGCUGGAGAAAUACCAGCGGAUCUUUUCUCCCCUCUCUGCUCCCUUCCGUUACCGUUCUUCCCGCUUUCAUAAACGGGCGGAAAAGACGAAUCCAACGGAGGAUCAUUCAGUUCAAGGGAAUGAAGAAUUCAGAAUUAUUUUGAGAAAUGGAUUCCAAUAUGGAGAAUUAAGAAAAAGCUGAACAUUUGAUCUGCUUUGAAGAAACAUAUUUUCCAUUUGUCUAGCGUAAUCUAUGACAACCAAACCAAUCAAAAUGAAUUCAACAGUAUUUUCCCAGGUUGAAAAUCAUUCAAUCUUCUGUAAUUUUUCAGAGAAUUCCCAGUUUUUGGCUUUUGAAGGCGAUGAUUGUCAUCUGCCCUUGGCCAUGAUAUUUACAUUAGCUCUCGCUUAUGGAGCUGUAAUUAUUCUUGGGGUCUCCGGAAAUCUGGCCUUAAUUAUAAUCAUCUUGAAACAAAAGGAGAUGAGAAAUGUUACCAAUAUCCUGAUUGUGAACCUUUCCUUCUCAGACUUGCUUGUUGCCAUCAUGUGUCUCCCUUUCACAUUUGUCUACACCUUAAUGGACCACUGGGUUUUUGGUGAGGCAAUGUGCAAGUUGAAUCCUUUUGUGCAAUGUGUUUCAAUCACCGUGUCCAUUUUCUCUCUGGUUCUCAUUGCUGUGGAGCGCCAUCAGCUGAUAAUCAACCCGCGAGGGUGGAGACCCAGUAACAGACAUGCUUAUGUAGGUAUUGCUGUCAUUUGGGUCCUUGCUGUGGUUUCUUCUCUACCUUUCCUCAUCUAUCAAGUAUUGACAGAUGAGCCGUUCCAGAAUGUAACACUUGACGCAUUCAAGGACAAAUACGUGUGCUUUGAUAAGUUUCCAUCGGACUCCCAUAGGUUAUCUUAUACAACUCUCCUCUUGAUGCUGCAGUAUUUUGGCCCACUCUGUUUUAUAUUUAUUUGCUACUUCAAGAUAUAUAUACGCUUAAAAAGGAGAAACAACAUGAUGGACAAGAUGAGAGACAAUAAAUACAGGUCCAGUGAAACCAAAAGAAUCAACAUCAUGCUGUUGUCCAUCGUAGUAGCAUUUGCAGUCUGCUGGCUACCCCUUACCAUCUUUAACACUGUGUUUGAUUGGAAUCAUCAGAUCAUUGCUACCUGCAACCACAAUCUGUUAUUCCUGCUGUGCCACCUUACAGCAAUGAUUUCCACUUGUGUCAACCCCAUAUUUUAUGGAUUUCUGAACAAAAAUUUCCAGAGAGACUUGCAGUUCUUCUUUAACUUUUGUGAUUUCCGGUCUCGGGAUGAUGACUAUGAGACAAUAGCCAUGUCUACCAUGCACACAGAUGUUUCUAAGACUUCUUUGAAACAAGCAAGCCCAGUCGCAUUUAAGAAAAUCAACACUGAUGAUAAUGAAAAAAUCUGAAACUCCUGUAGAAUAUGGUCCCAAAUGACAUCUGUCUAAAAACAAGCACAAUCUGUAACAUCUUUUCAUUACCUGUUCCCCCAGGGAAUGAGGUUAUAAUCAUUUAAGAAAGACCA